UUCAGAGGGUCCUCGCGGAUUUGUCUUCUUCUUUCGUUGGAGGGUUUUGACCUUUCUAUGUGUGAGAAACUGGAUGAGAGCAGCUCCAGAAACAAAGUUUUGGAACUAACAUCCAGUCGUUCUCGUUAGUAAUUCCUUCGAUUCGUCACAAUGAGGGCACUGCACAGCCAAAGAAAAGAAGCAGAUACGGUCAAGAAAAAGUUUCUCAGCUUGAGAACUGGAAUGCUAUUCAUGAUGGAAUGUUCACCAGUUUCCAAGAGUCGCUUGUUCCUGGUAUGAACUGUGGAGCGUGCAGUGUUCGAUUGUUAUCCGUGUAUCGAUGUGAUGACUGUUAUGUUGGCUUCUUUCUUUGCGGCAGCUGUGUUGAAGAAGUGCAUAAACACACAUUGUUUCACCAACCAUACAAAUGGCAGGCUCGAACUUGGAAUUCAUUUGUACCCAGGGGUAGUUGUGAAAAAGUUGUCCGGAGACAUACCCAUUCCUGCUCUACAGCAUUUAUACGGCCCCUGGUCAUUGUUGAUGAUAAAGGACGAUAUCAUCGAUUGAAUUUCCGGUUUUGCCUCUGUGAACCAGUCUGUUACCCUGAUACGUCAUCACCUGUGGCCUUCGCCUCCAAAGAAACCAUGCAUGUGUUUUCAUUUCCACUUCAUGGAUUUGCGGCGGGUAAUAUAUCUUCAAGGAACAAUUCCUGUCAUGGACCUCUGUGAAGCGUUCAAGCACUUAUACAGUCCUUAUGUUCAUUUUGAAGACCCGGCAAUCCAGAAUAUCUACAGAGUCCUGAUAAAUGAAAGCUUCGAGGAAUACAGGGCUUUCAUAUACCAGUGUGACUAUCUCCGUGAUGUCUGCCCUGAUUUUGGUGAUGGAACAGUAUGUCCUGCUUGUCCAAUGGAAGAUGAUUAUCCAGUGAUAAUUUCAAUGGAUGGUAACUUUGGGCUUGUGCGGAAAAAGUCGUCUGGUGUCAGUUUUUCCGAGCCGAAGCAUGCGGGUCACUUCUUUUCUAAUCAGAGUGAGGUUGAUGAGUUUGUUCAAAAACAUAACGGAAGCAUGAAGAAUGCUGGCGACGCUUGCAGCAAUUUCAAGGGUGGAAAUACUUUGAGGACAAAUAGUCGAUACGAAAAAUUGGAUGAGACAGCAGUUUUUGGUUCGGCAUGUCGUCAUGAAGUGCCCGUCAUUAUGUUUAGCCUAAAACAUGGAGAGAGCGUUCAGGUUCUGGUAGUCUUUUAGGUUAGGUACAGUCCUCGGCGAGUUGUUGGUGUUGGGUUAACAGACGGUGAGACACUGGAAUGUCUGUGGUCCUUUUUUGCGGAGUUUCUCAAAGAUAACGAAAGAAAUGACCCCCAGUCACAGGAUAGAUGUUCUUACUGAUGCUAUGAUCUAUUACACAAACAAGAAGGUCUCAAAGAUCGGUCCGUAUCUGGCGUCAAAGCUGACGAAAGCUGAGGAUGUAAUGUCAACAACAAAAAAGUUGAUAAAGAGGGUCAAAGCAUCUUUUCUCAUCCCUGGCAGUCUAAUCAUUCAUGUCUGUUCAAGUUUAGACUUUGUGUUGUGUUUGUGGAUCAUUAUGAUCAACCAAAGAUAACAUUCAGUAAUAGAGAAUUUCCUUUUUCCUGGGCUUACAUCUGAAGCCUUGUUUUUGCCGAUGCAGUGAUAUGCAUGCUGAUGCAAAUUUCAUUUUAUUUGAGUAACCUGUCAGAAAGUCAGGUAGAACUCUGGCUUGCAGAGGCACAGAUUCCUGCUAGUUGUCAGCGACUGAGACGAGAUCUGUCCAGCAAGGCCAGUAUCUUACAUUCUGUCAACAAACACAGUGUUGAGAGGGCUGCAUCUCGAAAUGGUAAAGAAAUAAUUAUGCCGAUGGCCAGGCUAUUGCAAUUAAACUGCAGAAAAACAUCAACAGAACCAAUCGGCAUAUUAAGAAGAUGUUGGAAAUCUUCAACACAAAGGACAUGGAUGAGAGUUUACCAGAG